AUUUUGUAGUCCCAUUGCCGGACUACAAACCGACAACCUCGGCCUAAGUGGCAGCAAAAUUCCGUGCUUUCGGUGGCAGUCCGUGGGACGGAGACUGUUGAAGCUUCUUCAAAAGAGCAACCUCUUCUCUCAGCACAAGCAGCGCCAACAUCGCCAGAAUCUGUACCAGAAGCGCCUUCUCUUCUUUUUAUAUCACUGGAAUGACCUCCAAUAACUUUUCUGUUUCCUCUGAUUUUUCUUUUUCAAACAAUCCCUUUUCGAAAUAUCUGAACCAGAGUACUGACGAAAGCUUUUCUCUCUAUCCCUCUCGAUAUGACAACCAGAAUGUUAACACUGAUGUAACCAAGAACACUACAGCUAAUAAUACCCAGAAUAACGACAACGAGUACUAUUCAAAAGAAAAUAUUUCUCAGUUUAACAAAAUAUCCAGUUCUUUUGUGGACACUAGAGCAAAUUUACUCACUAAUAGGUUUUCAAAUCAUGAUCUUUAUUUGGAUAUUGCUGACAGCGAUGGUGACAUUGAUACCGAGGAUCUUAAUUAUGGUGUUACUGGCUCUCUUUAUGGAAGCAUCAAUAACACUAAUGACAAAAGCUCUUAUGAUACAGACACCAAUUUAUUAAGAUUUAAUCCAGUGGGCUUUACUCAAACAAUCAACACUAUAAUUCAUAAUAUUACUUCUUCAAACAACUCGAAUGAUAGCAAAUAUGAUAGCAAAUAUAAAAGUAAGAAGUCCAAUAAUAAAAGUUGUAAGAAUAGCAAUAAUAAAAGUUUAACCAUUAGCAAAAACACAUUCAAAAGAGCAAGAUUGGUUAAAAACUACCUAUCCUUAUAUUAUACUUAUAUUGAAAACUAUCAAUGUUUUCCAGUAGAAAAUUUAAUUAAUGACUAUAACUGUAAUCUUGACUUGAUAAAAGUUUAUAAUCCACUUCAAAUAAUUCGAAAUAGAUUAGUAAGACACUCUUUAAUUGAAUAUCAAACCAAUCAAUUCAAUCAAUCCACUGAAAUCAAUCAGUUAAAACAAUUGGGCCAGUAUAUCAAAUUAAGCUUUAAAAUCAAAAAGAUACCUCUACCUUCCACUUUCUUAUCAAAACGUUAUUCAAAUCAAACUAAGAAUGCGCAAACCAACCAAUCAAAUAUUGAAUAUAGUGAUAAUUCCGUAAACAAUCAAGCUAAGAAAAAGCUAUCCAAAAGUAUUAAAAUUUAUCAAUCAAAUCAAUUUUUGUGGGAAAUUCAAUUGUUUGAAAUUAUUCUAGAUUUUAUGUGGAGAAACUCCCAUUUGAAUCUUUUAAAAAAUUCAACUGGUAAUUUACUAUUUCCAUCAAUUGAUAUUCACUACAAAGAAGUUCAGUUGGAAUAUCAUCCUUUUGGCUUUUCAAAUUUAAACCUACCAAUUAUAAAAAAUUCAAAAAGUAACAAAUCAUAUAAUUCUAACAAUUCUAUAUCUUCAUUGUCUAACUCAAACUCAUCCUCUCAGUUCAACUCUAUUAUUCGGUUUAACAAAUCAAAUUCUCCAAAUUCAACUCUGAAAUCAAAAUUUGACAAUUUGCCUUCAAUUAAAUCUCACAAAAAAAGAAUCGAAUCAGAAAACUUUUUUAAUUCAAACCCUUUAAUAAAAUGCAAACCUGUUAAUAAUUUUCCAUCAGAAAGUGAUUUCAGUGAUAGUCAUUUAGAAAAUAAAAAUGAUAUCUUUAAACACUUAUACAAAGAAAAUAAUGAUAAAGAUAUUACCAUUGAAUGUUCUCAUUCAAGUCUUCCCAUUCAAUCAAACGACAAUAUUUCUCAACAAAAAAAGUCAUCUGGAACAAAUUUGAUUGAUAAUAAAGAAACUAAUAUUGUAUCAUUAAACAUCAAUUUAAAUUCAAUGCCACUGCACUAUCAUAAUUAUGAACAUGAGAGAGAAAACCAACCAUCUUUUUUGAAAACUACUAUUAUGAACAACAAUACAAAGAUCAAUUUUAAUGAUUCUAAUGCUAACCUUAUUGUUACCGAAAUAGAUGCUGCUGGUGUUGACUUCAAAGAUAGAAAUCAAAGUCAUUACUCAAAUGAGGGUGAAAGUGCGGCUCAUAAAAGCCAUUUACUGAAUAUUGUUGAAAGGCCAAUGAGUUUGAAAAAUUCAAAAUCAUUAUUAUUUAAUCAUAAUUUUGAAGUAUUGGCUAAAAAACAUAACAAUUAUAACAAAUCUACAAAAUUAAACAAUGAAAAACCAUAUAUUGGUCCAAGUAUUAACUUUCAGUUAAACGAAUUUGUGAAAGAUUUUAAAUGUAUUAAUGGAAAUUUCAAAGUGUGCUUUAAUCAUGCGGAUGUUGAAGAAAAGCUAUUGAAAAGGCUUCUUAAAAAAAAUUUAAUUAAUGAUAAAUUUAAUUUGAUUAACAAUGAUUCGCAAAAAAUCAAAAAAACUAUAAUCCCAAACAAUGAUUUGAAUUUGAGCUAUAAAAUUGCUAAAUUAGAUCUGAUCAAAACUAAAUUUUUGAAUAAACUCAACCCACUGUUAGAUGUUAUUUUAUCGAAUUCGGAUAGAAUGAUUGUUGAAAUAAAUACAUCACUAAGUAAAAGGGUAAAAGAAAUUAAUGAAAUAAUCGAAAAUAAUAUAUUAUCUACCACUAAUUUUGGGUUCUACCCAGGUUAUAACUCUGAAGAAUUUAAGGGAGAGAUAAAAGUUGCAAAAAAAGCAAAGAAAACAAACAGUAACAAAAAUGAUCUAAUGAAUGAAAGUGAUUAUAUUAAUGAAAUUAUGAUGUGUAUAGGAUACAAACUACUAGAAAUAUUAAUUGUAGUGGUUCUUUGGGUUAUUUGGGGUACAGUUUCUGGAUUGAGAGUAAUAAGGAAUUGUUUGGUUAUGUUGAGUAAAUUUUUGAAGAUAAUUAUAUGGAAAUUCUGGUAACACUUUCAACAGUUACUCAUGCAUCACUCUGUAAAGUUCCUCACAUAUCAUUCCCUUCCGGUUUUGGAAAUUGACCGAAUUAGAAAGCCGUUUGUAAGCAACUCUUUGGUUCCUAUCUGGGACAUGUAAUCCA